CAUAGAGAACGCUCUCUGAUCGAUGCUCUAAUUGCAACACAUCUUCAGUUUGAUGCACAUUACAUUAACAUUAAUUAUUUGCUGAUUUCUAAUGGCUUUUGGGCAUUUGGUGUCAAUUCCCAGAUCAACUUCUUCCAUUGCCACUACUGCUGCAAGCUGCUGGAAGAAUAAAAAAUUCGCCGACAAUUACUAUGCAAAUUCUUAUGGAAGAAGAGCUUUAUGGCAGAGUGAUAGGAAUCUCACAAAAGAUCACAGCAUCAAGACAUCUUUGCAGCACAACAUUUCAAAGCUUCAUUACAAUCCCAUUGAAAGAGGAUCUAGAAGCAAUAAAAUUGAGAAAACAUACUUAACAAAUGCAUCAUCUUCUGCACAAUCACAUGAAUCUGAACCACAAGUUCAUGAAUCACCAAAAGCUUUAGAGUCUAUUAAAAAGGGACUCGUUAUGUUUCUCCAGUUUUGCAGACUUUAUGCAUUUCUUGGCAUGAUACCAGCAGGACUUUCUUCAUCACUUCUUGCCGUAGAUAAUUUUUCAGAAAUAUCUCCAUUAUUAUUUUUAAAAGGAGUCUUGCAGUAUAUAGUAACUUUCUUCUUCACGUCUCAAUUUGUUAUGGGAGUGAAUCAAUUAUCCGAUGUGGAAAUAGACAAGAUUAAUAAGCCAGAUCUUCCUUUGGCAUCCGGAGAAUAUUCCUUCACUUCCGGAGUUAUACUUGUGACAUCGUUUUUACUUGCGGGUUUUGGAGUUGCAUGGAUGUUAGGAUCACAACCAUUAAUUUGGAGUGUUGUUGUUACUGCUGCGCUAAUGGGAGCAUAUUCAGUUAAUUUCCCUUUAUUAAGAUGGAAGAGAUCUAUAAUCCUCACAUCACUAUCUAAUGCAAUUGCUAUGUUGGCAUCAUUUCAUAUAGGACCUUUUCUUCACAUGAAGACCUUUGUGCUAAAAAAGGCAGCUACCUUUCCAAGAUCUAUGAUUCUUGGUUGUGUGGUCAUAGGUUUGUUCUACACAAUAAUAACAUUAACAAAGGAUUUAGGGGAUGUUGAAGGAGACAAAGCAGCAGGUUUGAAAACUUUGCCAAUACGCUUGGGUGUUAAGCCGGUAUUUUGGUUAUGUGUAUCACUUAUUCAAAUGGCUUAUGGAAUUGCUAUUACAAUGGGAGCAUUAUCUCCUGUUCUAUGGAGCAAAAUUGUUACGGUUGUGGCACAUGCCUUCAUGGUUUUCUACGUGUGGAACCAUGCUCUUAAUUCAGUAGACUUAUCAAGCAAAGAUUCGUUACAUUCCUUUCAUUUGUUUAUGUUUAAGCUUGUAACUGUGGAAGGCAUCCUUAUACAAUUUGUUCGUUGAAGAAGUAGGGAGAUUGUUGAUUUAAUAAAUGGUGCAAUAUUUUCUGUACAUUUCAACUAGGUUGAUGAAUAAUAUUCAUGCAAGAUUAUUUAUGUCUUUAUAUUUUUGUAUCAAGUAAAUUAUUUUGUGAUAAGAUAGAUAAUAUUAUUUUUUAACUUUAGUCAAAUUCUAAUAAAUUCAAAUACUUCAAGUA